AUGACGGAUUACUUCGCGCCAUCCAACUUUACACGAAUCUCGCCAAGGAUGUCCAACAACAUUCAUUGGUACUUUGCUUAUGGCUCCAAUAUGUUGGAGGAUGUUUUUGUAAAGCGACGGAAGAUUCAGCCCCAAAAGUAUGAAGUUGCAGCCAUCAACACGCAUACUCUAUGCUUCAAUGUCAUGGGUGUGCCCUAUACCGACCCAGCUAUGGGAGGGAUCCGUUUGAAGGGGGAACAGGAAACGCCAGUAUACGGUGUCGCAUAUCAACUGACUUCAGAGGAUAUGCAACGUGGGAGGUAUUGCAUAUACUACAGCAACACUUACGGCCACUGUACAGCGAGACGGCUCCUCGAUAUCAGUCACGACACUAGUGGCCAGGCAUCAAGUCGACCGGAGCUGGGAAAGACUACCUUCUCAACGAUACAUGGUGCGUGCGUCAAGAUUAUGCCUGGCUUGAUAAUACGCCAUAAUCGAGCUACAGGAGCUGACAAUUCAAAGGGCUUGUUGAUCCGCGGUGCCCAUGAAAAGGCUCUCCCUGCAGAGUACCAAGAAAAGCUGGUCUCCCAACCGACCUUUGAACCGACAUCUUCCCUUCGAUUCUGGAUUGGUAAGAGGAUUUUUGAUAGUAUAUGGCAAAGAGUGGCACGUUGGAUUGAAGUGUGGGUUCACAAGUUAAAAGGUGAUGAUGGUGAGGUUCCUCGUUGGUUUCUAACGACAUUUGAUUGUCUUUUGUGGACAAUGUGGUUUCAUCACGACUAUCUACAUAGUGUCCUGUGGGGUAGAGGCGACGGAAUGUGUAAGUAA